AUGGCUGUUUUAGGUAAACCAAAAGGACAUAAUCGUUAUCGUGAUCCAAGAACAUUUGAAAUGACUCCAGCGUUAUUACGAGUCAGAGCUCCAUUUUUUGCUAGAAACAUGAUUGGUUUGGCUUUAGCUACUUCUAUUCCACUAGGUGUCUAUUUAUACACGGUUGAUAUGUUGAGUAAAGACGAAUUCAGUGAUAUUCCAAUCCCUCCAAUUGCAGAUGACGAAUUAGCCAAGUUGAAGAAAGAAUACGAAGACAAGAAAAAUUCAUCUUGA